CAGUAGUCUGGGUUUUUAACAAGCUUCCUGGGUGAUUCUGAUACAGGCAAAAGCUUGAAAACAACUGAUUUAGACAACUUACUAAACUUCUCAUUCUUCAUUAGUUAUUCCCAAGUUCUUCUGUUCACCCAUAAGUAUUCUCCAGAUACCCAAAAUUCUUUGGGCUGUGGUGGCAAGCUUAGAUUUUAGUCAAAUAAUCUUGGGUUCUUUCUGUGAGAAGAAAAAAAUUUAUAAGGCCCAUCUCCAUGGGGACUUCUCUUAGGCCAUUGUGGGUAUAAACAGGUAAAUCUUCCUCACCUGUUGGCAGGUAGGACUCAUCUGAGCCGCUUGGAAUAAUCAGUGCAUGUCCACCCAAAGACGGUUUCUAUCUUACAGAUGAGAGGUACAGAGAAAGCUAUGAUGUGAUGGAUACAGAAGACAAGAGCCCUAAGUGUUCUAGUUUCUGUGUCAAUCAUACAGAAUCAUUCAGGAUAGGCUAGGGUCUGCUGUGAUAACAAGAAACAAGAUUUUAAUGAUUUAAAAUAAAAUAUUUUUCAUUUUUGUUCUGUGUCCAUUGUAGGUCACCUGAGGGACUAUGUUCUGUCAUCUUUACUUAGGGAGGCUUCAUUUCUAUGUUUUCACAAUUGCCAAAGGCAAGAAAAAGGGACCUGAAUGGAUUAUACACUAGCUGUUCCACUGAUGUUUUAUUGGUCAAAGCAAGUCCCAGAACCACUCCCAACUUCAAGAGAAGUAGGGAAGUGCUUAUCCACCAUGUACCUGGGGAAAAAAAAAUCACACAUUUUUAUUGGAUAGCAUUAAUGAUUACCCUUAAUAACUCACAGUUCAGACUAAUAAGGGAAGUAGCCCUUUUGGGCCUGUUGCCAACAAGCUAUGUUUGCUGUAUGACUAGAGUACGUGUUUUUUCAUUUCACCCUUUCUAUUAUGCUAUUUAGUUCUCAGUUCUUUGUUUCCAAUGGGGGGUGGGCAUCAGUCAUUAGACUCAAUAGAUUUGUACAAGCUAGUAAGUGGUGGAGUCAAGAUUUAAAUCCAGGAAUUCUGGCCCCAGAUGUUGUGCUUCUAAACAACAUGCUAUAUUGCAUACUUGAGUGUUCUUCAGGGGACAAUCUUUGUUGUUGGCCAUACUCAAACAGCUUGCCAGCUGAGUAUGCUACUGCUGCAUAGACUUUUUAAUUGUAAUCGUAUUUGUGGUAAUGAAAAUCCAUAGUCACUUCACUCUUGCUUGAAAGAUGCCAAGCCUUCUCAACCAUCUCUUCUGCAGAAAAUGUUCUCAAACCUUUUCUUAUAGGACCUCAUUUUCAGAGACUGGAUCAUUUGUGCUCUUCUUAAGCCUCUUUCCUGAUUCUUAGUGACGUUUUUGAAUUGUGAGCUUGGAGCCAGCCCUUUUUUUGCUAAAAGUGCCACACACAUCCUUAACAUUGGACGCCCAGGGCUUUGGUUUCAGUGUUGGGUGCUCUUGCACAGGAGCAAUUUCUCCUUGGCUCUGGGCAGCCCAGGAACCUGCUGACAAACACCUCUACAGCUCUCAGGAAGGGGAGAGAAGCAUUCCUUAGUGGUGACGCCAGCAGCUGACUGACAGCAGGCUGUGUGCACUGAUCCCCAGGCUCUGUCAAGCAUUUCACGUUGAGGUGGGGCCUGGGGUUGUGAGAGACUAUGCGAUUGCUCUGGAACUUCAGAAGCCCGCUGUCAGUCUGAGCAGUCAGCUGGAAAGCAUGUGGGAUCUCCAUGGAGGCUCCUAACCAGGAAAGUGCCCUAUCUGGCCUGCCCACCCUGAUGUCCUGGCCAAACCCACAUAUGUCAAAGCAAGAGAGAAACCAAAGACCAUCCAGCAUGGUCAGUGAAACAUCCACAGCUGGUACGACAUCUACCCUGGAGGCCAAGCCUGGACCCAAGAUCAUUAAGUCCAGCAAUAAAGUCCACAGUUUUGGGAAGAGGGAACAGGCCAUUCGGAGAAACCUCAAUGUUCCAGUGGUGGUGAGGGGCUGGCUGCACAAGCAGGACAGUUCUGGGAUGAGACUGUGGAAAAGGAGGUGGUUUGUGCUUGCUGAUUACUGCUUGUUUUACUAUAAAGACAGCCGAGAAGAAGUGGUCCUCGGGAGCAUUCCUCUACCCAGCUACGUGAUCUCACCUGUGGCCCCUGAGGAUCGCAUAAGUCGCAAGUACUCCUUUAAGGCUGUGCACACAGGGAUGCGAGCACUCAUCUACAACAGCUCUACGGUGGGCUCUCAGGCUGAGCAGUCAGGCAUGAGGACCUACUACUUCAGUGCUGAUACCCAGGAGGACAUGAACGCCUGGAUCAGAGCCAUGAACCAGGCUGCACAGGUGCUAUCUCGAUCGUCACUGAAGAGGGACAUGGAGAAGGUGGAGCGGCAGGCAGUGCCCCAAGCCAACCACACAGAGUUGUGUCGAGACUGUGGCCGUGUUGGACCUGGACACUCAAGAGAUUGUCCCCAUUGUGGCCAUGAUGAUUCCUUCGGCUUUGAGAGGCGGGAGCAGGAGGAAGAGCGGUACCGUUCUCAAAAGGACCCACUAGAGGGGAAGAGGGACAGGAGCAAGUCCAGGUCCCCGUAUUCACCAGCAGAGGAGGAUUCCUUAUUUGUGGAUUUACCCAGUGGUCCGAGAGGCCAGCAGGCACAGCCACAGCGGGCAGAGAAGAAUGGUGUGCUCCCCAUCUAUACUCCAGGAGAGCAGAAUGGGACUGGCGGGUACCAGCGGGCCUUUCCUCCAAGGGCCAACCCAGAGAAGCACAGUCAGAGGAAGAGCAGCCUGGCCCAGGCAGAGGCCUGGGCAAAGGCCCAAAAGGGAGAUGGCAGAAGCCUUCCCUCAGACCAGACACUUCCUCGCCAGGGUCCUAGCCAACCCCUGUCCUUCCCAGAAAACUACCAGACUCUGCCCAAGAGUGCCCGACACCCCUCAGGGGGCUCUUCACCCCCUCCCCGGAACCUGCCAAGUGACUACAAAUAUGCACAAGAUCGAGCCAGUCACCUAAAGAUGUCCAGUGAGGAGCGCCGGGCACACCGGGAUGGCACCGUGUGGCAGCUGUAUGAGUGGCAGCAGCGCCAGCAGUUCCGGCAUGGUAGCCCCACAGCACCCAUCUGUGCUGGCUCCCUGGAGUUCUCCGACCAGGGCCGGAGCAGGAGCAUGCUGGAAGUGCCCCGCUCCAUCUCUGUGCCUCCAUCUCCCUCUGAUAUCCCUCCCCCUGGACCUCCAAGGGUCUUCCCACCUCGGCGGCCACACACGCCAGCAGAGAGGGUUACUGUGAAGCCACCGGACCAGAGGAGGAGUGUGGACAUCUCACUAGGGGCUUCUCCCAAGAAGGCACGGGGCCACACCAUCAAGAACUCUUCUCAUGUGGACCGACGCUCCAUGCCCUCGAUGGGUUACAUGACCCACACUGUCAGUGCUCCCAGUUUACAUGGAAAAUCGCUGGAGGAGCUCUCACUGCUUCUCACCCGGUUGCGGCGGCACCAGGCCAAGUUGGCCAGUGUGCGAGAUUUCGCUGUUGGCCAGUUACUGCAGCGCUACCUGACCUUUCCCACCUGCCAGGCUGAUGAUACCUACCUCCAGCUGAAGAAAGACUUGGAGUACUUGGAUCUAAAGAUGACAGGCCGAGACCUUCUCAAGGAUCGAAGUCUGAAGCCUAUGAAGAUCGCGGAGAGUGACAUUGACGUCAAGCUGAGUGUCUUCUGUGAACAAGACAGGAUCCUCCAGGACUUGGAAGACAAGAUACGAGCCCUCAAGGAGAACAAAGACCAGCUAGAAUCUGUGCUGGAGGUGUUACACAGACAGAUGGAGCAGUACCGAGACCAGCCCCAGCACCUGGAGAAGAUUUCCUACCAGCAGAGGCUGCUGCAGGAGGACCUUGUCCACAUCCGAGCUGAGCUGUCCAGAGAGUCCACUGAGAUGGAAAAUGCCUGGAAUGAGUACCUGAAGUUGGAGAGGGAUGUGGCGCAGCUGAAGCAGACCCUGCAGGAGCAACACAGAAGAGCCUUUUUUUUCCAGGAGAAGUCACAGAUACAGAAGGAUCUGUGGAGGAUCGAAGAUGUCCUUGCAGGCCUGAGCGCAAAUAAAGAGAACUAUAGAAUCCUGGUGGAAUCGGUCAAAAAUCCAGAGAGGAAAACGGUGCCUUUGUUCCCUCACCCGCCUGUGCCUUCACUCUCCACUUCUGAGAGCAAGCCACCCCUGCAGCCCAGCCCUCCCACCAGUCCUGUGCGGACCCCUUUGGAGGUUCGCCUCUUCCCGCAGCUGCAGACCUAUGUGCCGUACCGACCUCACCCACCCCAACUGAGGAAAGUGACGUCCCCCCUUCAGUCACCAACUAAGACAAAGCCCAAAGUGGAAGAGGAGGCACCUCCGAGACCCCCACUCCCUGAACUAUACAGCCCAGAAGACCAGCCUCCAGCUGUGCCACCUCUGCCAAGAGAGGCCACUAUCAUCCGACACACUUCUGUGCGGGGCCUCAAGCGGCAGUCGGAUGAGAGGAAGCGAGACCGGGAGCUGGGGCAGUGUGUGAAUGGGGACUCACGGGUGGAGCUGCGGUCAUACGUUAGUGAGCCCGAGCUGGCCACCCUCAGUGGGGACAUGACUCAGCCCUCCCUGGGACUUGAGGGACCUGAGAGCAGGUACCAGACACUGCCAGGCAGAGGGCUCUCAGGGUCCACAUCAAGGCUCCAGCAGUCGUCCACCAUCGCUCCCUAUGUCACGCUCCGGAGGGGUCUAAAUGCUGAAAAUAGCAAGGUGACUUUUCUUAGACCCAAGAGUGCCUUGGAGCGCCUGUACUCAGGGGACCACCAGCGGGGCAAGAUGAGUGCAGAGGAGCAGCUUGAGCGCAUGAAGCGGCACCAGAAGGCCCUGGUCCGGGAGCGCAAGAAGACACUGAGCCAAGGAGAAAGGGCGGGCCUGCCCUCAUCCCGCUACCUAUACCAGCCGCUCCCUGGAGAUCUUGGCUCAUGGAAGCGAGAGCAGGACUUUGACCUACAGUUAUUGGAACGAGCCAUGCAAGGGGAAAGAAAAGACAAGGAGGAGAAUGGCUGGUUGAAAGUGCAGGCCCUGCCUGUCACAGAGUUGGACCUGGAACCUCAAGACUAUGACUUGGACAUCAGCAGAGAGCUAUCCAAACCAGAGAAGGUCUCUAUCCCUGAGCGUUAUGUGGAGCUGGAUCCUGAAGAGCCACCUAGCCUGGAGGAGUUGCAGGCACGGUAUCGGAAAGCUGAGAAGAUUCGCAACAUCCUCGCCCGGUCAAGCAUGUGCAACCUGCAGCCGACGUCAGGCCAGGACCGCAACAGCCUGGCCGACCUGGACUCGCAGCUGCAAGAGCAGGAGCGUAUCAUCAACAUCUCCUAUGCCUUGGCCUCUGAGGCCUCCCAGCGCAGUAAGCAGGUGGCAGCGCAGCAGCUGGCCCUCCUCCCGCCUAAAGCCCCCUUGUCCUCCAGGACGAUGUCACCUUACUCCCCCUUAAGCAACGGACUCCACUACACCUUUGUCUAACACCUUCCAACCCAGGCAGUGAUGGAACCGUGACCCAUUGUGCAGAGGAAAAGCCUGGAGCCAGGGGCCCAGUGGAAUCAACUUUCUCCCAGGAGAUCGGCUUUUCUGCCCCCAUGGAAACCCCUCCCAGCUGAGCAAGGGUUCUGGCUGGAAGAAGGAGCAGUCCACCAACCAUGGGACAAUCCCUGUGGGGCUCAGUCCUAACACACACUACUUUUUCAAUUCAGACUCCUUUUUACAACCAACAAAAAGCACUUUUGAUAUACACUGUAAAAUACUGACACUGUAUUUUAGAAUCAGAAUAUAUUUUAUAAUGUUCACCUCAAGGGCUGAGUGGCUGGAAAGGUGAGAAUGCAGGAUUUUGUUGCUGCACAUAUAGAUUCAGGUACUGUUGGGAUAGUAAGUGUGGGUGGUGGGGAUAAAGGCAGGGCAAGAAGAGGUCAGUCCAACUACUGAUGAACUCAGGGGAAAGUUGGAUUGACAAUGUGCUUCCAGUGGAUUCCAGCAUUAAUCUUGUUGGCAUGCUGUCUGAGAAAAGAGGGCCCCUUGGCUGCAGAGAUGAGCCAUCCCUGACUUGACCUGACCUGACCUGAUGACCAGCUCUGGGUGAAACUCCACCAGUAUGCAAGGGGAACCCAAGUCUACAACUUAGCCCUUGGUUUUGGUUUAGGGACAACAGUGUGAUCAAGAGCUUUGUCCUCUCCAACCUGCCCAGGAGGCUCCCUUAGCAAAGGGCUCUUCUCAGAAGAAAAGCAAUUUGCUUUAUUAAAAAAUAUAUAUACAUGCACACACGUACACAUUCAUUUUGAGGUACAGAAAAGGUAAGAUGAAUCAACUUUUUUGUAUUGUAGCAAUAAGCUCCACACUAGGUGACAUCUGUCUGAAAAUCCCUGACUGAAUGCUUCCCUUCAGGGAGGCUGUGUUGGGAACAUUGGCUGCCUGCCCUGGAGAGCCCCAGGUCAGCUGCUCUAGGACUUGGGUCUGGUAGCAACAGAACAAGCAAUGUGCUCUCCACCAUCUCCAAUGGGCCUGUCACCAGUGGGGCCACCAUGGCAGGACUUGGACUUGACUUUCAGACCCAGGGAGGCUACCAAGCCAGGUGCAGUGUUUAUGAUCCUUUAUUUAAGUUAUAUCAUGAUAUCUUCUAUAUAGAAAAAGAUGUUUAAAAGGAAAAAAACAGACACAAAAACCUCCAUUGGGUGGAGCCACACUUUAGAUCAAAAUUUAACUAUGCUCAGAAAAACAAACAAAAAUCUUGAAUAUAUUUAGAAGUUGCUAUCUAUUUUUAACUAACUCCAUAUGCUGCCAGUAUCAACUUCAUGACAUUUGCCAAAAUAAAAUUUUAUUUUUGCCUUUAUAAGAUUUUGUUGAAAAAAAAUGAAAUGACUAUUUUGCAAGAAGAAGUUAAUUUAAAUAAAGGUGUGAUGGUUUGCAAAAAAAAAUGUGAUGUACAGAUUAAAAUAUUAAUCUGA